AUGUCCGUCAACUUGCGCCACGGGUCGGUGCGCACAGGCCACGGGUCGGUGCGUCUGUGCGCCCGGGAGCUACGGCUCCAAGUGCCAAUUGGCCUGUCCCGAGGGAACUUGGGGCGAGAUGUGCGUCAACGUCUGUCCGGCCGAUUGUAUGCCGCAGGCCGGACGAGCCAACACUCGAGGCUGCCAUCCCGAGGCAAGUCUAAGCGGACCAUUCUCGAAUCUGUACGUUCGAGACCCGAGACCGGUCGAGACACUCAAGCGAAAAGCUUGAGCCUGCAACUUGAAGAGCCAAAUCUGUUCCGACAAACUAGACCUAAACCUCUUGAUACAAACCUUUAG